UUCAUGGGCAGUAGUCGGGAUAUAGUAGUUUUCGGACACGAGCGCCCGCCUCUUAUGAAAAUUAGGAGCCGUAUUUGUUAGUAAAAUAAGAAACAACUUUACUCAUAGACUGGUCUUUAUUCCUUAAUCCGGAAGUGGGAAUGCUGGCGUUAUCAUGUAAUUCUUCACAGGUUUCACGAAUUAGGUUAGCACACAGUUCCUGUCAGGUUACAGGCUGGAAGAAGAAGACUCAGAAGACGACUAAACUGUGGAAACAUGGGUUUUUAAAAUGCUUUAACGCAAGUGAAGCAGCGUGCAGUCGCUAAUGUGUUGUUAUUGCCAAUGGAAAGUUCUUCAGUGUUUGGUGUUCGUCUGUCCCUGAAGCAACGAUACUUUCUUCUGCUUUGCAUCGCUGCCGCAGGAAUAAUUGCAUAUCGGUUUUCAAGGAACCACCCUGAAGCAAAAAGAAUGAACCGUGUAGAGGGCCUGAGAGCCAACUCUUCUCAGUUCACCCUGGAGAGAAAACCCUUCCACAUCUUGGGAGGCUCCAUUCAUUAUUUCCGUGUCCCAAGAGCUUACUGGGAGGACCGACUGCUGAAGAUGAAGGCCUGUGGCCUUAAUACUCUCACUACAUACGUGCCAUGGAACCUGCAUGAGCUGGAGCGAGGGGUGUUCAAGUUUGAAGAUCAGCUCGAUUUAGAAGCCUACCUCCGGCUUGCAGCCAGCUUGGGCCUGUGGGUAAUUCUGCGACCGGGGCCAUACAUCUGUGCUGAGUGGGACUUAGGAGGACUCCCCAGUUGGCUACUGCGAGAUCCGCAGAUGAAACUGAGAACAACCUACUCUGGAUUCACUGAUGCAGUCAACUCCUUCUUUGAUCAGCUCAUAAAGAAAGUCGUCCCACAUCAGUACUCCAAGGGUGGCCCGAUUAUAGCAGUUCAAGUGGAGAAUGAAUAUGGUUCCUAUGCAAUGGAUGAAAAUUACAUGCCCUUCAUCAAGGAGGCACUAUUGUCAAGGGGCAUCACAGAGCUGCUUCUCACCUCAGACAACAAGGAUGGGCUAAAGCUCGGAGGAGUCAAAGGAGCACUGGAAACCAUAAAUUUUCAGAAACUGAACCCAGAAGAAAUCAAGUAUCUAGAUGAAAUACAACCUCAGAAACCUAAAAUGGUGAUGGAGUACUGGUCUGGCUGGUUUGAUCUCUGGGGGGAUCUCCAUCAUGUUUUCGCAGCUGAGGAUAUGAUACCUGUGGUGACAGAAAUCCUUAAGCUGGGCAUGUCCAUCAACCUUUACAUGUUCCACGGGGGUACAAAUUUUGGCUUCAUGAGUGGGGCCUUUGCUGUUAGACUGCCUGCAUCUACACCCAUGGUAACAAGCUACGAUUACGAUGCUCCAUUAUCCGAGGCUGGGGAUUACACCACCAAGUACCAUCUUCUGAGGAAUUUAUUCAGCCACUACCACACUCAGCCUCUCCCUGAACCGCCCUCUGUUCAUGAGCAGAGAGCAUACCAACCUGCUGUCAUCCAGCAGCACAUGUCUCUGUGGGACAGUCUGCGUUUAACUGACAAGCCUUUCAAGUCAGAGAGGCCAGUGAACAUGGAGAAUCUCCCUGUCAACAAUAACAACGGUCAGUCAUAUGGGUACACUCUCUAUGAGACCACCAUCACCAGUGGCGGAGCUCUUAAUUCACAGAACAGUGUCCGAGACAGAGCUCUGGUUUUUGUGGAUAAACAUUUUGUAGGUGUUUUCGACUAUACGGUGCAAGAACUUGCCGUACCUGAUGGGAAGGGAAGAAGAACUCUGAGCAUACUGGUGGAGAACUGUGGAAGAGUGAAUUAUGGGAAAACCCUGGAUGAACAGCGCAAAGGGCUUGUUGGAGAUAUUCUGCUAAACAAGCAACUCCUCCGAGACUUCAUUAUUCACAGUGUGGAUAUGAAGCCUGCCUUUGUAAACAGACUUGAGAGUUCAGCCCACUGGUUAUCUAUGCGCCAGCAGCCCUCUUUUCCAGGGUUUUUCCGGGCCAAAUUCUAUGUGAAUGGCUCACCUCGAGACACCUUUAUCAAACUGCCUGGCUGGGGCAAAGGAGUUGUGUUCAUCAAUGGCAAGAAUUUGGGUCGUUACUGGUCCAUUGGUCCUCAGCAAACUCUCUAUGUCCCGGGUCCCUGGCUUCACAAGGGGGACAACCAGGUCAUGGUGUUUGAAGAGCAGGAAAUGGAUGGUAAGAUCCAGUUUGCCAGCAGCCCAGACUAUGGCAUGACUGUUGAUGUCUAGUGAGGACCAGAGGGAGGAGUUGAUGAAGAGAGGAGGGGGAUGAUGGGAGGAUAGCGUGGGAGGACACGACUGCUGUGAGCCGCCUCUACUUGGGCACAAAUGGCUUGCUGCAAAUUCAAAGGCACUCAAACCCAACAUGUUGGUGAACAUGACCAACUUCCUCACACCACUCUUUCUUUACUGACUGUGUUUAUUUCUUUAAUUUUUUUUAAUUAAUUUUCCUUACCUUCUUUUAACCGGUCCUUAAAUAUAAUUGGAGAUCAAGAGAUGGAAAGAGAAUUAACUUGAUUAUAAUUAAUGUUCUUCCUCUGAAAGACUUAAUUUAUUGGUUGCAUCCAGGCUAUAUAAAAACAAUA